CAUAUAAUCAUACUAUGCCAGUUCCUGGAAAACAGGAUGCUCCCAAGCUCCCAUCAAAGGUCACUGUUGCCCAUGAUCUCUGGAUUGUUGCUGUUGGGUUCCGAUCAGAGCAGAGUGGUCUUGCGUUAUUAACAGAGACAAGCCAAAUUUACAACCAAGGACAAAGACCCGGUAAUUCCCACCUACAUCUACCGAGGGCAGCGUGGACCACGUACGCACGGUCCAUGAUAUCGUCAAGUGACAGACACCUUCAAGUCUUCAAGUUCCAUUUUUCCUUUUUGCGUUCGGGUUCAAGGGCUUUUAAACAGAGCAAGAGCAAGGAAAUACGAGCUUCCAAAGCUGCUAGGCGUACGCCCGCCCGCGAGUCUCCAAGCUCCUGCGGAUGAAGGCCCUCGCCAAAACCCCUAUAAAACCCCUUGCACAGUAAAACACACCUCCACUUCCACAGUAAAAACCCACGCCCACAGGCAAGCAGAGACCCCAGGACCGAUCGAAGCAGCCAGUGCCAUGGACAAGGAGGAGCAGGAAGGCCGCGCGACGUGGGUCCCCGGCGCCGUCAUCGUCGGCGCGGGCCCGUCGGGGCUCGCCGCGGCCGCGUGCCUCGCGGCUCGGGGCGUGCCGGCCACGGUGCUCGAGAGGUCCGACUCGCUGGCCUUUACGUGGCGCCACCGCAUGUACGACCGCCUCGCGCUCCACCUGCCCAAGCGCUUCUGCGAGCUGCCGCUCCUCCCGUUCCCGGCCGAGUACCCGACCUACCCCUGCAAGGACCAGUUCGUGGCGUACAUGGAGGCCUACGCCGCCGCGGCGGGCGUGGCCCCUCGCUUCGGCGCCAGCGUCGAGGAGGCCGCGUUCGACGCGUCCGCGGCCGCCUGGGCGGUGCGCCUGGCGGGCGGCGAGGUGCUGAUGACGAGGUGGCUGGUCGUGGCGACGGGCGAGAACGCGGAGCCGCACGUCCCGGACUUCCCCGGCAUGCAGCAGUUCGCCGGCCGCGUCCUGCACACGUGCGAGUACAAGUGCGGCGAGGAGUUCGCCGGGGAGAAGGUGUUGGUGGUGGGGUGCGGGAACUCCGGCAUGGAGGUGAGCCUGGAUUUGUGCCGGCAUGGCGCUAAGCCCUCCAUGGUGGUGCGGAACACGGUCCAUGUGCUGCCAAAGGAGAUGCUGGGUGUGUCGACGUUUGGCAUUGCCAUGGCUCUGCUCAAAUGGCUGCCGGUCCAGCUGGUGGAUCGGUUCAUCCUGGCGGCGGCGCGCUUGACCCUCGGCAACACGAGCCGGCUCGGGCUUAGGCGGCCCAAGACGGGGCCCAUCGAGCUGAAGAACCUCACCGGCAGAACCCCCGUGCUGGACGUCGGGACUCUAGACCACAUCAAAUCAGGCAAAAUUAAGGUGGUAGGAGCAGUGAAGGAGGUGACGAGGGUCGGGGCCAGGCUCGCGGACGGCAAGGAGGAGCAGCAGUUCGACGCAAUAAUACUGGCGACGGGCUACAGGAGCAACGUGCCGUCCUGGCUCAAGGAUGGAGGGGAUGUCUUCACAAGAGAAGGCACGCCCAAAACCCCUUUCCCUGACGGCUGGAAAGGGCGAAACGGCCUCUACACCGUCGGAUUCUCGCAGCGAGGGCUCCUCGGAGCAUCGUCAGACGCCCUAUGCGUCGCCAGAGAUAUACAUUGCCAAUGGAGGGAAAGAGAAAGAGAAAGAGAUAAACCCACUAGCGAUGUGCACCAAGCUGAUAGCUCUGUUUGAUUCUCGUGGGAAUGUACAGCGUUUAAGUAGGAGUUUUGUGCAUAUAACAUCUCGUCUCUUGCCUGUCGCAGGGCACAACAUUUGCUAAAUGUUUUGGGAUGAUGUUUAGUGGAGUAGAACGGUGGUAUGUGUAACGUGUCCCUAUAGCACGCAAGCCAGCUUCUGGCCAGAGUUUUGUUUUUUAGAA